CACGCAGUGUACAGCGGGACACACACGCACAGAGCACGCGAGAGAGAGAGAGAGAGAGAGAGAGAGAGAGAGAGAGAGAGAGAGAGAGAGAGAGAUCUGCAGCAGCAUGCUCCGACAGAGUGAACACCUCCUGCUUGAGGACUAGACGGACCUGCUCCCUGCUUCCAGCUCCGACACUCGCUUUUCACCUCUUUUCACUCCAUUCCUCCUCAAACUCGACUCUCCGGACACCGACUCACCUUCUCCUCACUUCCCUGCCGUGGAUGAGUGCAACAAGCGUGGAUGGUUAUGUUUGAAAAGGAGUCAGGACAGACACUGGACCAGUCGACCGCCACAGCGAUGCCUUCCAACAAAUACUCUGCUGCUAUCAUGGAGGAGAGCAACAACAUGGCCGCCACCGCGCCUGUGAACGGAGACACGCCUCCAGCCGAGGGCCUAUCAGAGAACGACAGCGGCGUGGAGCUGACCAAUGAGAACAGCCCGCUGACGGCGGCUGAACCGCCCUCCCCCUUCAGCCCCAAGCAGAACGGAGACGCUGCCUCGCCUCAAGAUGAUAACCAGUGUACGAGGGGCAACAGGAAGAGGAACAGGAAGAAGUCGGUGGAGGAAGAGACCACCUGGGACUCCUACAGCGAGGACAAGUCUUCCGGAGCGCCUCAGCUGAGUUUGAGACAGACACCUCGACCCAGAACCAUCUUCCAGGCCGGUCUGACGCCGCACUCAAACACCAAACCUCGCAGACAGAACCGCAAGCUGGAGCACAGCACGUCACUGUGUGUUGGUGGUCCCCGGGUGGCCGGCGGUGUCCCAGAGUCCCCCCGUCUGGAGCUGAUGGAACAGGACUCCAAGGACUCGGCCCAGAGCAGCAUCACCUCGUCCAGCUCUGAAAUCCAGCCAGAGUACAAUGACAACAAGGGUUUCGGCAUCGGCGAGCUGGUGUGGGGGAAAAUCAAGGGCUUCUCCUGGUGGCCCGGCAUCGUGGUGACGUGGCGCGCCACCGGCAAGCGGCAGGCCAGCCACGGCAUGAGGUGGCUGCAGUGGUUUGGAGACGGAAAGUUCUCUGAGGUUUCAGCAGACAAACUGGACUCCAUCACUGCCUUCCCCAAGUUCUUCAGCCAGGCCUCCUACACCAAGCUGGCCUCCUACCGCAGAGCCAUCUUCCAGGCGCUGGAGAUGGCCAGCAUCCGCGCAGAGAAAACCUUCACUCCCUGCGAGUCGGAUAAUCCGGACGACCAGGUCAAACCCAUGCUGGACUGGGCCAACGGCGGCUUCCUGCCCAAAGGAGAGGAGGGACUCAAACCUACACACACCGCCGACAGUAACCCUCUGGACCACCAGGUCCUGGAUGUGGCCCUGCCAGAGUAUUUCCCCAGCGCCAAGCGGCCCAAAGUCAGUCUCUGUAAGAACAAGGCCGCCCCCGAGGAGUCCUACAGCAGAGAACAAAUGGUGAAUGAAGUUCUAAAGAAUAAAAGAAGUAUAGAAGAUUUCUGUCUCUCUUGUGGAAAGAUGAGAGCAGCAACCUUCCACCCGCUGUUUGAAGGAGGCCUGUGCCAAACAUGCAAGGACGUUUACCUGGAGAUGUCCUACAUGUACGAUGACGACGGUUACCAGUCCUACUGCACCGUCUGCUGCGGAGGUCGGGAGGUUCUGCUCUGCGGCAACGCCAACUGCUGCAGGUGUUUCUGCGUCGACUGUCUGGACAUCCUGGUCGACCCCGGAGCGUCUAACAACGCUCGGUAUCUGGACCCGUGGCGCUGCUACAUGUGCCAGCCGCUGCUGCAGUACGGCGUCCUGAAGCGACGGCACGACUGGAGCCUCAAGCUGCAGGAGUUCUUCGCCAACGACAAAGGACAAGAGUUUGAGAAACCAAAGAUUUACCCAGCAGUCCCUGCAGAGCAAAGACGACCAAUCAGAGUGCUCUCCCUGUUUGAUGGCAUUGCAACUGGCUACCUGGUUCUGAGGGACCUUGGUUUUAAGGUGGACCAGUACGUGGCGUCGGAGGUGUGUGAGGACUCCAUCUCAGUGGGUGUCGUCAGACAUGAAGGAAAGAUCCAGUAUGUCCACGACGUCAGAGACAUCACCAGGAAAAACCUGCUGGAGUGGGGUCCGUUUGACCUGGUGAUCGGAGGAAGUCCCUGCAACGACCUGUCGAUCGUCAAUCCUGCCAGGAAAGGCCUCUACGAGGGCACAGGGAGGUUGUUCUUUGAGUUUUAUCGCCUGCUGAGCGAAGCCAAGCCCAAAGAAGGAGAGAACCGGCCGUUCUUCUGGAUGUUUGAGAACGUGGUCGCCAUGGGCGUCAACGACAAGAGGGACAUCUCACGAUUCCUGGAGUGUAACCCUGUGAUGAUCGACGCUAUCGAGGUCUCUGCUGCUCACCGUGCCCGAUACUUCUGGGGAAACCUGCCGGGCAUGAACAGGUUGGAGAGGGAACUCAACUCAGAGAGACGCUUGAGUCCUGAUCUCUCCUCUAUGACAGCAGACUUAAGACUAAAUGUGGUUCCUCCUCCAUGUUUCAGGCCUCUGUGUGCCUCUGGGAUGGACAAGCUGGAGCUGCAGGACUGUCUGGAGCACGGCAGAGUCGCCAAGUUUGGGAAGGUGCGUACAAUCACUACCCGCUCCAACUCCAUCAAACAAGGGAAGGAUCAACACUUCCCGGUGCUGAUGAACGGGAAGGAGGACAUACUGUGGUGCACUGAGCUGGAGAGGAUCUUCGGCUUCCCGGUCCACUACACAGACGUGUCCAACAUGGGUCGUGGUGCCAGACAGAAGCUCCUGGGCCGGUCCUGGAGCGUCCCUGUCAUCAGGCAUCUGUUCGCACCACUCAAAGACUACUUCGCCUGUGAAUAGACUCCACCGGUCACCAGCGUACGGACGCCAAAACACCAGCUUUUCUAUCCUGAUACUGGCUCCAACAAACAAGCCACAUUUUGUGAAGAGCUGGACGUUUUUUUCUUUCAGCCAAACAGCCGAAAGUUUCUCUAAACAUCAGUGGAACCGGGAAACAGUGAAAGGGGGAAACUUGACGGUCAGUUUGUGUCGAGUCCUUUCUGGAUCCUGGUGAUAAUGCACUGCAGCCGUAGACACACGUAACACACACUAACACAGAGAUACACAAAUACAGCCUAGGUGAGCACCCUGGCUGUGGUUGAUCACUACCCCAGAGGGUCAAAGGUCGGGUGUCUGAUUGAUGAACAUGCAGUGGUGAUGGAGGCCAGCAGCGCUCCGCCUCUCCGGAGCGACAACAGACGACACCUGACGCUUCUUCUUUUAUAAUUAACAGAUAUUUUUAAUAGGAUAUUUCUCUUGUAAGAUGCCCCUGGCAGGCAUCGUUUUUAAGUUGACAACACUUAGUAGUUGUAGAAAAUAGAGAACAAGAUGGCACCGACGGUACAACUUUUUGAGUGGCAACCGUAUCGAACUUAUUUUUAGGAGGUGUUAAACAUUUCAGAGGUAACGCGUGUGACGACAAACAGGCUGCUGACAUCGAAACAGAAACACUUUUUAAGCUCACUUGAACCAAAGUCAUAAGAUGGACCGUUAAAGUCCAGCGAACCUUUUUGAGUCACCUGCUGAUCCACUCACCUCGCCUGAAUGUAUUUUCCCCAAAACGUUUGCUUCAUCGAUCCGUCUUGAAAAGCAGAAACAUGUUGGUUUUUGUCCAAAGUCAGUCUUUCAUCUCGUUGCUGACAUUUUCCCACCCAGUGGAGAAUUCGUGCAGAUUUAGAUGAAAACACGGAAAGAAAACCUCCAUGUUUGAGUUUUUCAGGAGACCAAUGAAAGAAGGAAAACACAUUCAGCAGUGGAAGCUAGUGGACCAAAAACCUAACUUGAAACUGAAGCAGGAUCUUGGCUUUAUAUGUAGAUGAGUUCAUAUUAUUUUGUUAUAUUUUCUUUCUUGUUUACUGUAAUGGCUGGAUGCCAGUGUCUCCACAUGUGGGUGAUUCUGGUGAGAAGAAGUUCAUUUGAAUCCAGGAAAGAGUCGAGCGAGUGUCACUGUGUGUAAAUGUGUUGUUAUGGUGGGAAACACUGGUGAACACAAUGUUUUUAUGUAAACCAGCACUGACUACUUUUUGUUUAAAGGAGUUUUUUUUUUUUUUUUUUUUAUUCAGUUUCCAAAAAGAUCUGACGAGGGAACUGCCAUAAAAAUCAUCUCUGUGAUGGUGGUGAUACCGAGCUUUGUUCUGUGUGGUGCGCAGGCUUUAGUGUGUACAGUGUGUUAAAAUAAUUCAGCGUGACAAGAGUAAAAUCAGAGGAUGAAUGUGAAACUUAAAGAUAAAGUUCAGUCAUCAUCUCCUCAGCUUCAUGCUGAUGGAAGUCCAGUGUUCUCCUGAACAACUGAAGUAGACAGAAACAAUCUGUCUUCAUACAGCUCGUCUAGCAUAAUCCAAGUAUCUGGAAGUCCCAAGAUCCUGUAUUCAUUUGAAAAGAUGUUUUUUUAUAUCGUCUUUGAAGCCAAAAUCUUCACUGUAGCUGUUACGCUCAAGGUGUUAACUCGCACCUGGACUGAAGUGGAUGCACGCGGGUGUAAAUAACAUCUUUGCGAAUCAAUUUGGGAUUUCAGGAUCUUUUUAUGCUUCAGUUGUUCAGUCGAAUGCCAGUUUUUUUUUUGCUAUGACGCAACUGAAUUGUUUAGUGGACUACACAACUUCGUCAGCAUGCGGGUGAGGAGAUGAUGACUGAAUUUUCUUUUUAUGGGGUGAACUACUCCUUUAAUGGAUUGGCAGGUGGAAGGGUAACUUCUCAUUCUGUACGCUCGAGCCUGCUCACCAUACGGACGUAUUUUACUGAGCUGUUUGGACCGACUCACAAAAACUCUUCGUAGUCUUUCUUAAAAAACAUCUUGUUUAUUUGAUAACUGGAAGAUUUUUAAAUGCUGUUGGCUGUCACCAAAUCAUACUGAAUGGGCAUUACCUCAGACAAAGGGGCAACUGUACAUCACUCCUCCUCUAGGAUCUCUGUUCUGUGAAUACAUACUGUAGCUUUCUGCUCCCAUAUGCCCUGUAUAUAUAUAUAGAGCUCGUAUGUUUUUUAUCACUGGAACCUUUUUUUUUUUACACAAUGUUUAGCGUACUGUACCAUAGAAAGGUUUACAAGCGUUUUGACUCUCUUGUUUGACCACAAGCUACUUAAACAAACAAAUAUACACCAAAAUGCACAAAUGCCUUCUUGACGAGCUGUUGUCUUUCUUUAAAUGACCAGUUCGUCAAGAAAUGUAAGAAUCCUCGUUGGGGUUCACCAGACCCCUUAAAGUGCCAGGAACGUCUUUUAGUUUUCAAGUCCUUUAAAAAACCAAAAAGUAAUUGUUUACAUGCUUCAUUAAUACUGCUGAACCUGUCGAAUGUUUUGCUUGAAAACAGUGCGCAAAAAAUAUAUUUUCUCAAGUUUUCUCAAGUUUUUCUUUUCUCCUCGUAACUGCUCCUUUAAGACUUUUUAUAUUGAUAACACAUACAGUUUUAACACCGUAUAAAACUUGCUUGAAACGUGUAAUGUUACAGUACGAUAUAGAACAUAUUAAUCGAUAGCUUUCUGAGACCUUGUGUUAGCUGUAAAACAUUUGAGUGUUUAUUUGUAGACUUGAGUGUGAAUGAUGUUUUAACAUUUCUGUGCUUUAUCUCGUGUCAGAAUCACAUUUGAGGAUUUUUUUUCUUUUGCUUUUUUAUGAACCUAAAGUGCAAAAGCAUUUAAAAAGAACAGAUUCUGUACUAUUUUUAUACGUUAUUUGAAAUGUUAGUGGAAAAUGUUUGUACUUCUUAUAGCAACCUAUAUAUGAUUUUUACUCAAUAAAACGCAGCUCGGCUGCUGAAAAUCA